CAAACCCCUUCCCUCCCCUGGCUGGGCAGCCUAUUUUGGGAGCAGGAGUGGCCAGCCUGUGGCUUCCCAGGAAGGCCUGGCUCAAGAAGGAGGAGAGUGUGACAUUGGGGUUCUGCAGGCGUGGGAGUGAGGGUGCGGCUCCUCCCUCCGCUGCCGUGACAAUGGCAUCCUUCACAGAUGUCUUGGUUGUCUUCCUGGUUCUCUUCACCACGGCCAAUGCAGAAGCACCGCAGGAGCAUGACCCAUUCACCUACGACUACAAAUCCCUGCGGAUCGGAGGCCUCACCAUAGCGGGGAUCCUCUUCAUUUUGGGAAUCCUCAUUAUCCUCAGCAAGAGGUGCCGCUGCAAGUUCAACCAACAGCAGAGAACCGGGGAACCUGAUGAAGAAGAGGGAACUUUCCGCAGCUCCAUCCGCCGAUUCCCCUGGCACCUGACGCCUUCCGCCCACCACCUGCGCGCACCCAGCCGCCGCGCCUGCCCCCCUCCCAGCCCUGUCCCACGGAUUCCGCGUGCCGCCCAGACUUCCAAUAAAACGUGCUUUUCUUUCCUGAUGGCGCUUCCUUGAUCUCUGAGUCCCUCUGCGCGAAAGCCUGGGAGCCCCCACGGCCCCGGCAGGGGGC